AUGUCGCCCCUGCCCCUCCACCAGCUGUCACUGAAUGACGCCUGCACGGCCUGGGAAGCAGCUUGGUUUCAGUGGGGGUACCUGCAGUCUUGCACUGAGAGGCACCGUCCGCCCGUGGCCACCACGCAGUUCUGCCAGCCCAAGGGGGGGUGCGGGCCACCGCGCAUGUACCGCCUGCGGUUGGGCUUCCCGCCGACGUGCAACUGGCUGGUCGAGCCGCGACCCGCGGUUACGCAGACGGAUUGCAUCCUCGCGCCCCUCCGCGUCAUCGCCGCAGUCUGCUUCUGCCUCAUCAACACCGCCGUCGAAACGAGUCCCUUCACGUCCGCCGCCUUCUGGCACACCCAAGACCACCCGCGCACGGCAGAGAGCAAGAUGAACAUCCUAGAAUGGGCUUUUGGCAAGCGCAUGACGCCCGCGGAGCGUCUGCGCAAGAACCAGCGCAUGCUCGAUAAGGCGAUCCGGGAACUCGACCAAACGCGCGUUAAGCUCGAGAAGCAGGAGAAGACGCUUAUCCAACAGAUCAAGACGAGCGCCAAGAACGGGCAGAUGGGCGCGUGCAAGAUCCAAGCAAAGGAUCUCGUACGCACACGGCGGUACAUUGAGAAGUUCUUUGCCAUGCGAAGUCAGCUCCAGAAGAUUUCGCUGCGACUGCAGACAUAUCGGACGAACGAGCAGAUGAUGCAGGCCAUGAAGGGCGCGACCAUGGCACUCGGCAGCAUGAACAAGUCAAUGAAUUUACCCCAGCUGCAACGGAUUGCAAUGGAAUUCGAGCGGGAGAACGACAUCAUGGAGCAGAGACAGGAGAUGAUGGACGAUGCAGUGGACGACGCCAUGGACGUUGGCGUAGAGGAGGAAGGGGACGAGGUCGUCGAUCAGGUCCUGGAGGAGAUUGGCAUCGACUUCAACCAAGCACUGGGCGAGACGCCUACGGCACUGGGCAAUUCGGCUGUCACCGAGGGCAAGGUUGCACAAGCGGUUGGGGCUGGCGGCGGCGGCGGCGGCGAUCCGGUCGACGACGACCUCCAGGCUCGGUUCGACAGCCUGAAGAAAUGA